AUGGCUUCAUUAAUGUGGGUAGUGGUCUGCCUCGCUACCAUCCUGUCUGUGGGAACUUUGGCACAGCCUCGGUCCCAGCGCCGGCAGAUCCUCUCAGCCGGUCCUCCUGUCUCCCGACUGUCCCCGCAGGUCCAUCCAAGAAGCCGCGAGCCCUUCGAAGAUAUCGCAUCUUUUGAACAAACCUCUGAUGAAGUGCCGAGUGCCGAAACUUUUCAGGAUUUCCAACUGGAUGAUUAUACAGUCCCGGACUUCCAGCCGCGGCGGGGCGUCCGAGCAGGUGCCCACAACCACCUGCCGCCAGAGGGACGGAGAGCUGGAGCUGGUGGCACUGAUUCCAGGUUUCAUGGCUACCAGACCUCCGACCAGCAGCUGCUGACCCCGCUGAGGCGCAGAGACUCUCCUGCAUCCAGCAGAACCAGUGCAGAACCAAAUUCUAACUGCAGAAAUCGGCCCAUAGACCUGGUCUUCAUCAUAGACAGCUCACGUAGUGUGCGCCCCGCUGAGUUUGCAAAGGCCAAGGAGUUUCUGCAGGACAUGGUGGACACCAUAGAUAUUGGCUCUGAUGCCACCCGAGUCGGCCUCGUCAAUUAUGCCAGCACAGUGCAGAUUGAGUUUCUGCUAAAGAAGUAUUUUGACAAAUCCUCCCUGAAGCAGGCAGUGGCCCGUGUUGAGCCCCUUGCUUCAGGCACCAUGACAGGCAUGGCCAUCAAGACCGCGAUGGAGAAAGCUUUCACUGAGGAGGCAGGAGCUCGAACUGGCUUCAAGAGCAUCGCCAAAGUGGCCAUCAUAGUGACAGACGGGAGGCCCCAGGACAAGGUGGAGGAAGUGUCAGCAGCAGCACGAGCAUCAGGAAUCGAGAUCUACGCAGUGGGAGUAGACAGAGCUGAUAUGGCGUCCCUCCGGCUCAUGGCCAGCCCUCCACAUGAUGACCAUGUCUUCUAUGUGGAGACCUAUGGCGUCAUAGAGAAGCUCACUUCCAAAUUUAGGGAAACUUUGUGUGAGGAAAUGAGAGGUGAAAUAACCCAAGAUGCCUGCAUGUGUGAAGCUCAGAUUUUGUUCCAGAAAAAAGUGCAGUCAACUAUUCAGGAUCUGAACAGAAAACAUAUCCUUUUCCUGACCCUAAAAGGCUCCACAAACUGA